CUAAUAUUUUAUUAUUGGUUAAUGGAUCUAAUGAUACAACAUGUCCUAGUGAUCCAUGGCCUCAGAUGCCCAGCUAUGGCCAGUUAGCUAACAACAACAACAACAUCACCACCGAUCACGAGCUAACUGUUCAAAUCGAUAUGAAUACCCAAAAACAAUGUUUGCAAUACAAUACAGAAAGUCAAUGGUAUAAACUCAAGGGUCUGGACUAUGUGUCCGAACGUUUUGCUCGGGUUUGUCCGGCAAAACACUCAUACAAUCGGCGUGUAUUGGAUGCCAUUAGCCAACAGCUCAGGGAUCCCAUCCAACAGCACCUGUAUAGGCAACUACACUCGGAAUAUGUUGAAUAUUUUGCCCGAUAUUUCCAACUGAUUAAAACCAUGCAUAGAAAUUGUAAUUUUCGACAAUUGUUUGGCUAUAAUGUCCACAAUUAUUCCGAUUUACAUAAAUUAUUUUUGAAAAAAUCUCAGCAAGUGUUGAAUAGUAUGGAAAAAUUAGUUGAUUUAGACAAACAUAAUAAACAACAUAAUUUUUGGUUACAAUUUAGUAGUCAAAAUUUAAAAGAUAAAAAGUCUGCUUACAUGGAAAUUGAGAAUAAAAUUGCAAACUUAUCGCCUGAAUCGUUAAAAUUGAAAACUUUGGAAAUAAUUGUUACGGAAAUUGAAUAUUCUUCACGUAUUUAUCGACAUUUGGCUACAGUUUUUACAUAA